UUAAACACAGGUGUGUGUCUGGUUCACUUUUGCUCACUCUGUCUGUUGCUCUGUGUUUUUCACAUCCACGUUUUCACCAAGGUUAAGCAUGACUCUUCCUGGACCAACUGGCAUGAACGUUCCCUCCAGUGCCAACGGUAACAUUCUGAACGCUGAGACGCAGGAUCCAGCGCAGCACGGCAACAGUCAAGGACCAGGACCUUCAUCCCAACCCCAACACCAUGUCCCACCCCGUCCUGUUUUCUACCUCCAUGCUCCUCCCCCUUUCUUCCAAUACCAGUGGCCCACGCCCUUCUCUUAUGACCCCUUUGCUGGCUUCCUAGGCAUGGGCUAUGGUAUGGUCAUGCCCCCAUUACUCCCUACCCCCUACAUGGAGCCUCCGACCUACAUUCUGCCCCACCCUCAAAUCCAGGCAGUCGACUACAGACGGUUGCUCCACCCACAGGUCCACAUGCCUUUCCAGAACCCACCCUUCCAAAACCCAAACCAGCCCAGCAGAGUUCGACCUCCUCACACAAUACCUGUAAGAGAAACCGUGAACUCCGAGGUCCAAACAGAGCCCACACACACAAAUGGAGGUGGCUACGGUGGGAGAAGCCUAUUUGCAAGCUCAGAUUCUGGGCGUGGAACUGCCUCCAACUCUUCAUCUUCAAGCCCCAGUUCCCAGAAAAGAGCCUCUGCAGACACUGAACAAUAUUCCAUCCCUUUAGAUGAAGAAUACUUUCAGGUUGAUGGGACUGUUACAAGUGGUGCAGUCAAUGACCCCAUUAAUGUUCCACAUACUACAGUUGCAAAACCAGUCAAAUCAAGUUCCGGAACGCAGACGAGUGAUAAAGAUGUUGUUGGCAAGGAGAAUGGUCCUCCUUGCAGAAGUGUUCACUGCAAUAUGUGGUCAGUGAGUUCUCAGGAUAGCAUGAUUCCUGUGUGCAGCUCUUCCCAACAAGAGAAUGAGGUUGGUAAAGAAAGACGCAUCUCUAUUCCUGACAUUCUGAUGAGCUGGGCAGGUGGCACACCACAAUCCACCCAAACACAGUUGAAAAUGGUCGAAAAGGUGCUGCCUCAGGACGAACGCAAGCGUAUUUCCUCCCAAACGGAGUUGGAGCAUCUUAAAUCUAGUUUCCUGAGCCCAACUAAAACGCAUCAUGACCUAUCAUUGGCAGAUGGUACUGAUGCUAAUGACAAGGGUCUAUUAAGUUCUAAGGACAGUGAAGCCCUUUUCAAGAUACUCAAGCUUCCUCUGGCAUUCUCAUUUGUCAGAGAAGACGAGCUUAUGGAAUUGGAUGUUUCUUUAAGGCAGGGUCUACCCCGCAGAGAGGAGUUGAAUUCACUUAACACAUCCCUGAAGCUCCCAGGCGAACAAGGCAAUGAGACAAACCUACAUGAAAACUCUGGAACAUUUUCUUCUGAAAUGGUUUUAAAUAGCUGUCAGACCAAGACAAAAAUGAAUGAGUCUAUUUGGUCUGUGGAGUCUUUAGCCCCUUUUAUUCCAUCCAAGGAAUGGUUGCUGCAGAACGGCGUAGUGGAGCCUGAAGUCAUUGUUGAGAUGACCGAAGAGUCUGACAUUUGCCGUGUCUUGACCCAGAAUGUCGACCCCAUUGUCAAAGCUGGUAAACACAGGCAGCGUCACAGAUUGUCGUCCUCCGACACUGUUCCAAUGUCAGACAGCUGUGUGGUCUUCAGCACCCCUGCAGGAAAAAGUCCACUGACGAUGCCACAGAUGGAGAGUGACUGUUUGGCAUCUGAAAUGGAAGUGCUAAAGCUGGGUCAGAGCUCGUCUCCAGAGGAGAAUCCCUUCCAUUCUCAGACUUGCCUUCAGAGUGCUCACUGUUCCCUGACUGCUGUGGAUGUGUAUGAAAAAAGGUCUUCUGAACCCGAGGCUAAUCAAAGCCCAAACCAGGAAUCUCUGAUUUUAAAAAGGCAUCAGGAUAAAAAGCCCAGCUCCCUUGACCAGGAAGAAACCACUCGGAGCUCUGGAACAGAGGAUGAAACCUCAUCUCCAAAUCACCCCAUUGUCUUGAACCCAUUGGAGAUUGAGGUGGAGGAUGAAGCUCAUGGUAGCAAAGACGCUUCCCUGAGAAAAGAGCAAUUAUGUGUCUCAGUGGUUGAACCGAUGAUGGCCCAAGUGUCUCCAUCAAAGGGACAGUUAGUGGAAUGUGGCAUCCAGUCUACAGACCUGGAGUGUUUCUGUAAAAAGAUUAAGGAUUUAAACAGAAAACCAAACGGAGGGACUUCUUUAAAAUGUUCAGAUGCCAAAAAAGCAUCCAGAGGAAAGGAGGAAGGAAUUUGCAUGAACGGACAAAUGCAGAGGAACCAGAAGAGGUGGCAUCAGCGAAGGAACAGGGGGACAGAAAAGUACAGCAGCCACCAGGAAGUCUUCCAUGGAUUAUAUGGCAAACCUGGGAAACCUCAAGAAAAGUACAGCAGCCAUCAGGAAGUCGUCCAUGGAUUAUAUGGCAAACCUGGGAAACCUCAAGGUGGAAAUGGAAGGAAUCUACAAUGCUGAGCACUGACCACUCAACAACAUUUUAAUCUAUUUAAUAUUAAAAUGAAUUUAAAAUUUAAAACCUUUUUUCAAUAAAUGUGAUUUAUAUCA